GGAAAAGGGAAAGGAGAAACAGAAAUCGGAGAAGAGGACAACAGGAUGGGGGUCGACCAAUCUCGCGCCACUCUCGUUUCUCGAGCGGAAACCGCUAUGAAAGAACUGGACAUACACCCUCCUGACCUGUCCGAGCUGGGUUGGGAUGAUUUCCAGGCGCUUGAGACUACACUCUAUCCGGACGGCUCGGUCAAGGACAAGGACAUGUUCCGGUACUACGUGAGGGGAUUCAAACAGCAGCAGCACGUCCGACUGCUGGCGAGGAAAGGGAAGGUUGAAGAGUGCAGGACCUACAUCGCCGAGUGAGUGACACGUGAGCGUGAGGGAGUGACAUCAUCCCAUCAUCCCAUCAUCCCGUGUUGCGGUGCUUUCAGUCUGGUCUCGGGCGAGGCUGAGACAGCCCCUUCCUCGUCGGCUGGGUCCCCCGAGUCUGGUUCCUCCCCUCAGUCACACGUGGGAGACCCAACGAAGAGGCAGAGCGACGACGAGUUCAGAAAGCGACGCGGGAACGAGCAGGACGGCGACACUGGCGAGCCGACAAGACAGCAGUAGUGGACGUAGCAGGAUGUGAGCAGGUGACGUGCA